AUGUCCGCUUUGUCUUUGGUAGACAACGGUAAGGCAUUGGUUGAGGGCAUGUCCAUUGACGAGGCGAGCGAAUCCUACAACCCCAAAUUCACUACCAGCCCUCGAUUAAUUGGAUUGCAAUUAACGGACCCCAAUUUCCGGCUUAUGGUGUUGCAAGAG